AUGCGUACAGUCUUUAAGAAUGCGAAAAUAUUCACUGGGCUGGCAGAGACAGCAGCUGAAAGUUUUCGGCAUAACUCAGUUGUUAUCCAGGACGAAUUAAUUGAAUAUGUAGGCACUGAAACCGAUGAAACAGUUGUCGCUGCCGUCAAAGAUGGAGCGCGAGUGUACGACGUCGGUGCCCAAACCAUAGCACCCGGCUUCUUCGAUGGACACAUGCAUCUUUUAAUGUUCGGCACUUCACUACAGAAAGUCAGCCUUGAGCAUUGCAGAUCACUACAAGAUAUUCGCAACACUAUCCGGGAGGCGGCCAGAAAGGAUUCGACGAGGUCACGAAUACUAUGUCGUGGCUGGAUGCAUUAUAUGACUGAUGGGACAGCCCUUGCAAGCGAUCUUGAUGACCUCGAUGACGCGAAGAGACCAAUCUACAUCGACUCCAAGGAUUUACAUUCCACCUGGGUCAGUUCCUCAGCAAUCAAAGAACUUGGCGUUGAAGACAUGCCGAAUCCUGCAGGUGGAGAGAUUCAUAGGGAUGAAACAGGGAAAGCGACAGGGCUGUUGAGUGAAGCUGCUGCCGUCACAAUUGUCUGGCCGCAUUUAGCCAAAGUGGCGUCCGUGGAAGAGAAGCAAAGCGCUAUCCGUGAAGCGGUCAGGACCUACAAUGCAGCUGGCUACACAGGUCUUGUGGAGAUGGCGAUGGAUGAAAAUUCUUGGGAGGCUUUACUGCAGUUCAGGUCAAAAGAAGAAUUGACUAUCCAAAUAGCUGCUCACUGGUUGAUUGCCCCGUCGAACACGACCGAAGAGAAUCUCCGGCAGGUCGACCGCGCUAUAGAACUGUGGAAGGAGUUCAAUCUGGAAACCUCGCCAGGUUUCCGAAUCGCUGGGAUCAAAGUCAUCGGGGACGGAGUCAUCGACGCGUGCACAGCGUCGUUGUUAGAGCCAUACUCAAGAAACGGUAUUUCUUGCGAGCCUCUCUGGAACCGAGAUAUGCUGGCCGACGUCGUGGCCCGCGCAGAUAGUGCUGGUCUACAGUGUGCGCUUCAUGCGAUUGGGGAUGCAACUGUGAAAUUAGCAAUUGAUGUGCUCGAAUCGGUUGCUUCGAAGGGUCGACGGCAUCGUAUCGAACACCUGGAGCUCACCUCUCCGGGUGAUGCCAAACGACUCCAGGAGAAUGGCAUCACUGCGUCUGUACAACCUGUUCAUGCUGAUCCGGCUAUUACACGUGAAUGGGACUCGCUACUUGGGGUCAAACGGAGAAAGCGAGCUUUUGCAUAUCGAGAGUUUCUCGACGAGGGAGUCACACUAGCUCUUGGUACCGAUGCUCCCACAGCACCAAAUUUGCCCUUGCAGAAUUUGUACAUUGCGACCACGAGGAAAUCAGCCAGGGAGCCGGAGUCGGAGGAGACUUUCAACGAGCAUUGGGCGUUGCCUAUCUUACAUGCAUUUUCCGCUGCAACAUUAGGAGCUUCAUAUUCAUGCUUUGCAGACCAGUUAGUAGGGAAGAUUGAAGCUGGGAAGAAGGCCGACUUCGUCGUCUUGGACAUGUCUUGGUCACCUCAUACUCUUUUGCAGGACAGGGUGACUCAAACAUGGUUUGGCGGCAAGAAGGUCUACGAUACCAGCAGUCCAAGUAGUAGCCAGUGA